AUGGGUCAGUUUGUGGCAGCCUUGAUUGCCACCAUACCAGUUCAUAGAGAUCGUAACGACACUAUCGGGUGUUCCUCAGCUAUUUUCAGUCGACAGAACUCACCUAAGUUCUUCGGUGAAGAGGGGCCUAUGAUGGCUGAUGAUUGGAUUACUUUUCAUGAAGACUUGACUGAAAUGUUGAGCUGCACGGAAAGUCAGAAAGUAGCUUAUGCAGGUCUAAAGCUUAAAGGUGAAGCUAAUUAUUGGUGGAAGUCCAAAAAGCUCGACCUGACUAGAGAGUAUGGGCAGGGUGUUCCUAUCCCCUGGGAGCGUUUCAAACAGGAAUUCAACGAUUGUUUCUUUCCUCGUGCGCAGAAUCAGCAGUGUGCAAGGGAUUUUCAGGAUCUGAAGCAGGGGACUAUGUCAGUUGAACACUAUUCAGCUGAAUUUCAGAAGUUGUCAAAGUACGCCCCAUCUCUCGUUCCUGAUGAGGAAACAAAAGCGGAGAGAUUCUGCAAUGGCCUGAUACCGCUCAUUCUGGAGAUGAUCAUCUUUAUGAAGGUGACAGACUAUACUGAUAUGGUGCAUACAGCCACCAUGGCAGAAAAAGGGAUCAGGAUUGCGGCUGCAGAUUUUGUUAGCAGGAAACGGUCGGCAUCUACUGUAGCACCUCCUCUACUGCCAUCGAAGAGGCAAUCUGGGAGUAGUAGUGCGGGGUCUCAGGGAAGGACUAGCACAUAUUCUAGCCAAGGAAAUGGUAGCAGACCACGAUGCAAAACGUGUGGGAAGCUGCAUUCGGGUGAGCGCAGGACCAGGUCGAAUGCAUGUUACCGAUGUGGCAAGUCGGGCCACUUUGCUAGGGAGUGCACACAAUGGGAGCAUAUAGAGGGCAGGGAUCACAGGCCAGCAUUAAUCAGCCGAGGCUUAUUGUGUUAG